CUCGGCUUUUGGCGCCAGCUGAGCGCCCGUCGACGGAAGUGGCAGUCGGUCGCACUGAGUUGCAAUAUGGCAGACCCGAGCGGGGUGUGUAUGUAAUUUGAUGCAGUUUUACUCGGCCAGUGCAGAAUCGAGGCAAGUGUCGCGGCCGAAUCCACCACCCAGCAGCCAGUCGGAGUCCGCGUCGAGCAUGGCCGAAGCGUCGGCCGUGUCGGCGACCGAGGCCCGCCGGCCCGAGGACGUCGUCCGGAUGACCGUCGCUGACAACAUCAAGUUCGCCGUGCUCAUCGGCCUCAUCGAAGUCGGCCAGGUGUCGAACCGAGAGGUUGUCAACACCGUCCUCCACCUGGAAAACCGAAUUUGCUCUUUCAACCUUCUACCAAACUUGCGGGGAGUCAAUCAAAGUGGUUCUUCGAACUAGCUACAAAUUUAAAAGAUAAAAGGCUUUUUUCUUUGAUUGAGUAUUUUGCUGUUAUUAAUAAUUCAAAUUUUGUCUAAUAUUUUUGUAUGAAAAUAAGUAUCAAUAAAUUUUAACCGUCUAUUUUAAUAUUCCUAUAGUGUU